AUCAACCCGCUGGCGGGACGAUUCAAUUUCAAACCCUGAGUUGGCGGCUUUGUGAAUUGUGCAUUAUUAACAAGGAACAUCGCGGGAAUAGAAAUGGACUGUUUGAACGUUUCGCAGAUUUUACCAAAUUCUCCGAGAAAAACUAGGGGUCAAAUCCAGGUGAUUUUCGGGCCAAUGUUUUCAGGAAAGAGCACGGAGUUGAUGCGUAGGGUGCGCCGCUUCCAGAUUGCACAGUACCAGUGUCUUGUGAUCAAAUACGCCAAAGAUACCCGGUAUUCCGACAAUGACAUGGCAACCCACGACAAGUACACGAUGGCAGCGGUGUCUGCGAGCCGCCUGAGCGACGUGUUAGCGUUGGCGCUGGACGCCGCGGUGAUCGGAAUCGACGAAGGGCAGUUCUUCCCAGACACGGUGGACUUCUGCGAGGACAUGGCGAACCGCGGGAAGACCGUCAUCGUGGCUGCGCUGGACGGAACUUUCCAGAGAAAGCCCUUCGGGGACAUCUUGGGCCUGGUGCCGUUGGCUGAGAGCGUGGUGAAGCUCAACGCCGUCUGCAUGCAUUGCUACAAGGAGGCCGCCUACACCAAGAGACUGGGGUCUGAGACCGAGGUGGAGGUGAUCGGCGGGGCGGAUAAGUACCACGCAGCCUGCCGGUCCUGCUACGGCGGCCUCGUGGCCGACAAGGAGAACAGCGCCCCCAAGAGGGAGGAGACGCCCCCGCACGCGUUGCCUGGGAAACAGCUGGACUCCAGCACUCCCCGAAAGCUGUUUGCCGCCCUGCACAUCUGAGCACGCUCAGAAGAGGCACGUGUGGCGCAGACCUGGGCCUCGAAUGCAUUUGACGGACUUCAUGUCAUUAGAUCGGAGGUGGUCAGUUCUGGGCCUGCAGAGUUGGGGUGUACGGUGGGUUUUUUCCCCACCAGUUACCCUCGUCCAAUUCGCUGAUUAGCUGUGUACAUUAACACUGGUUAAUAGUAAAUUAUGGACAUAAAAACUUUGUAAAAUUUGAGGCAGUGUACAGGGGAGUAUGCAGACAGCUGUGUAAAUUAGAUUUUAAAACUUUUUAAAGAAAUUUGUGUUUUAAAAACAUGAUUUAUAUUUCCACUGAAUGGGGGCCAUGCAGUUUCCCUUCUCACCACUAGACGGCAGUAUGUUCAAAACAUGGUUUUGAUCUCUCUGGACUCCUUGGGUCAACAGCAGUGUGCUUAGCUGGAGUUUUAAAACCUCAGGUUCAAAACCCUUAAAUCACAGAUUUGCAUUUAACUGAAUCAGUUAUCCAAAUAUGUGAAAUAAGGACUAGCCAUUCCACUUGUAUGGUAGUUCUGUAGUCUAGGCCAGGGCACCUUUCUGGUCCUGGAGGACUGGGGGUGUAUUUAUGCUUUUCUUUCCACCAGUUGCCCUGGCUAAAUCAGCGGAUUGGCUGUACACUCCAACACUGGUUUGCUCACAGAACCGGUUGCAGUAAGGCGUUUCAUAUGGGGACAGAGGAACAGUCUUCCGUCAUCGUUCACGCAUCCGUCAAGAAAUGCAGCUAAAGUGUCAGAUGGCGUAAAUGUUAGGGCCAAGUAAUUAAGGCCAGAAGUUUGUAUGUAAACCAGAAAUGGAUGCGGUGCUCCUGGCACACUCCUGGCUUACAGGUUUAUACUCCAGAUAAGCCUGCUGCAACUGGCCCAGUUUUAACACUUAUUCACUUCACAGCUGAACUAUUAACAAUAUAGUCGAGUGACCCAUGUUAACCUUGUAUAGUUAAGUGUUAAUUAAAACUUAUUUAAACUUG